GUUGGGUUUGACAGCAGCUGAUCUCUGUUUUUUAUUUGUGCUCUAGCCUCUACCUUUCCCGGUAUCUCUAAGAUGGCGGAGACAGGCGGUGGCUCGGUGCAUCGUUUAAGGAAGCAGCUUGAGUCCAGCAGUUUCCAGGCUGAACACUAUGUGAAGCUACUUUCCCAGCAAUCAGAUGGUGAUCGCGACCUGCAGGAACACAGACAGCGUAUCCAGAGUCUGGCUGAUGAGACAGCACAGAACUUGAAGCGAAAUGUCUACCAAAACUAUAGGCAGUUCAUUGAGACGGCUCGGGAGAUCAGCUACCUGGAGGGCGAGAUGUACCAACUCAGUCACAUUCUCACCGAGCAGAAGAGCAUUAUGGAAAGUGUCACACAGGCCCUGCUUCACGCUGAUCGUUCCGAAGCCGCAAGAGAGAUGCAAGCCGCCUUCCCUAAAGAAGCAGAGGAGGGCAAGGCCCGGAACCUUACUACUCUGCUAGAGAAGGUGGAAGGCUGUAAGAAUCUGUUGGAAACCCCGGGCAGAUAUUUAGUAUACAAUGGCGACCUUACUGAAUUUGAUGUGGACCAUAUGGUACUCAUUCAGAAGGUGCAUGCAUUCCUAAUGAAUGAUUGCUUGCUCAUCGCUACGUCUUUGCCUAGCCGUAGAGGCAUGUACAAAUUUGAUGCACUUUACAACCUUGAUGACCUUGCUGUUGUAAAUGUCAAGGAAAAUCCACCUAUGAAAGACAUGUUCAAGAUUCUCAUGUUCCCCGAGAGCCGAAUAUUCCAGGCAGAAAAUGCAAAGAUUAAAAAAGAGUGGUUAGAAGUACUGGAAGAAACAAAAAAGAAUAAAGUUUUAAAUGAGAAGCGUAAAAAGGAAGAGGAAGCGCCACGUUCACCUGUUGUAUCUGAGGUUUUAGCAAACCCUUUUGAAGAUGAAGAAAGUACACCCAAUGAAGAGGUAGUGGACUUAUCCUUGGAGUGGAUCCAAGAGCUUCCUGAAGAUCUUGAUGUUUGCAUCGCACAGAGAAAUUUCGAAGGCGCUGUAGAUUUGUUGGAUAAAUUAAAAAGCUACUUGGAAGAUAAACCUUUAACUCAUCCUGUUAAAGAGCUAAAGGCAAAAGUUGAUGAAAGAGUAAGACAGCUGACAGAUGUUCUUGUCUUUGAGCUUUCACCAGAUAGAUCAUUGCGUGGAGGGCCUAAGGCAACUCGCAGAGCCGUGUCUCAACUCAUACGCUUGGGUCAGUCCACCAAGGCAUGUGAGCUGUUCUUGAAAAACAGAGCAGCUGCUGUGCACACCGCUAUACGUCAGCUAAGAAUUGAGGGAGCAACAUUACUAUACAUACACAAACUAUGUAAUGUCUUCUUCACUAGUUUGCUUGAAACUGCUAAGGAGUUUGAGAUGGAUUUUGCUGGCAAAAAUGGUUGUUAUUCCGCCUUUAUUGUUUGGUCACGCACAGCAAUGAAGAUGUUUGUUGAUGCAUUUAGUAAACAAGUAUUUGACAGCAAGGAGAGCCUUUCUACUGCGGCCGAGUGUGUAAAAGUGGCAAAAGAGCAUUGUAAUCAACUAAGUGAAAUAGGUUUAGAUUUAACUUUCAUUCUUCAUGGCUUAUUGGUAAAGGACAUCAAAGCUGCUUUGCAGAGUUACAAGGAAAUUAUUAUUGAGGCCACAAAACACCGUAACUCUGAGGAAAUGUGGAGGAAAAUGAAUUUGAUGACACCUGAGGCACUUGGGAAGCUGAGAGACGAAAUGAGAAGCUGUGGGGUGGUCAGCUUUGACCAGUAUACCGGUGAUGACUGUUGGGUUAACCUCAGUUAUACCAUUGUGGCAUUUACAAAACAAACUAUGGCCUUUUUGGAAGAAGCACUUAAACUGUACUUUCCAGAAUUACAUAUGGCAUUGCUUGACAGCUUGUUGGAAAUCAUACUUGUAGCAGUUCAGCAUGUUGAUUACAGCUUGCGAUGUGAGCAGGAAUCUGAAAAGAAAACUUUCAUAAGGCAAAAUGCAUCCUUUUUGUAUGAUACGGUUCUCCCUGUUGUGGAAAAACGAUUUGAAGAAGGUGUUGGAAAGCCAGCAAAACAAUUGCAGGAUCUGAGAAAUGCAUCUAGAUUGAUUCGUGUUAACCCUGAGAGCACAACAUCUGUUGUAUGAAUCCACAAACCCCAUGUAAUAGGUCAUUCCAGGCAGGAUAUGGACACAGCAGUUUAAAGUCCCCACAAAGUAAUUGCUUUUUAGCUUUUUUUGCAGUUGUUUGAGAUACUUACAGAAAUGGAUGCUGUAAAAUAUUAUAGCUUUUGCUCAAGG